GGCGCUAACCCACUGGAGGCACUAUCUCCUUGGGAGGUUCUUCUACGUCAGGACUGGUCAUCAUACCCUGAAGUGAAUGAGAACCCAGUCGGUGCUCUCCGAUGCGCUGAAACGCUGGAUUGAAGUCAUAAAGCAGUAUGACUUCGAAGCCCAGUACAUCAAAGGAGAGUACAACAAGGUUUCUGAUGCGCUAUGGCGGAGGCCAGACUUCCUUGGUGCGCUGAUCGCCGAGUUUGGGUUUGCGGAUGAUAUUACUCGAUCUUUGGUGGAAGCUUAUCGCGAGGAUYCGUUUAUGGUUGAGAUCAUACGUAGGCUCGAGGCAAAGGAUAAACGAGCCGUAGAACAGAUGCAUAGAGCACAGGCGGCGAUGAUAGAAUUUGAGAACAAGCACCGCCACCCAUCUACAUUCCAGGUAGGGGACAGGGUCUGGGUCAAAGCCUUUGAACUGGGGCAGGAGCAUGGGAUGUCCUGCAAGCUCAUGCCACAGUACUUCGGGCCAUGGGAGGUUCUAGAUGUUGUCGCGAAUGAUCCAGACGGGCCAUCGUAUGUAAUUCGGAUCACUGGUCACCUUCGCACCUACCCUGUCUUUCAUGCCUCCAAGCUCGCACCUUUCAAGGAAACUGAUGAGUUUCCCUCUCGUCGCUCAAUGCUGCCCCGAACCAUGGAUGGAGAGGUCGACAUCGACGACAUCGUGGAUCACAGAAAAAUGCCGGUUCCAAAACCAACAGGCGGGGGCCAUCCUCCGAAGCCGAAGCUGCAGUAUCGUGUUUCGUUUCGACAUCACAUUGAUGCAAAGGAGGACAGAUGGUUUACACGUCCUCGGUACACUUACGAGGACUAUGCUGUCCACUUGGUUCCACCGCUGUACCAACCGCUCCACGGGGAACAGUCCACCGCAUGCACGGUUUCAUCACCCUCGACAACCGAUUCGGCAGCUUCGCCGCAAUCUAUCGCCGGGGAUUCGACGUCAUGGUCAAGACUUGAAGAGCUCGACCCAUUGACGUUCACGGACUUCCAGUGGAUGCCCGUUCCCUUGACCGGACGAUUGCCAAAACCGCAUUGCAACAUGCUUAUGGCUCAAUUGCGGGACUACUUGCACACUGCAAUACCAGCUCCGUUGAUGGACGCCGGAGCAGAGGUUGUCGACCUUCAUGUUCACAUCGCGAAGAUCGACCACGAGUUCAAGACGCAACGGUACGACGACAUCGACGCACCAUUGCUAUACAUACGCAUUCAGAUCGGAGAGGCGACCUGCAGUGCCUUGAUCGAUUGCGGAGCAUCUCGCAACUACAUCAGCCAGGACUUCAUGGUACGCGCCGGCCUUGGCCCACGUGUCCGGAGGAAGUCCCAGCCUAYGCAAGUCASUCUGGCAGACGGUCAUACGCACAAGUCCAUCGACCGGUGCAUUGACGCCGUUCCAGUGUACUUUGCCCCUCACGCAAGUGAGGCGGUGUCCUUUGACAUUCUGGACACCAAAUUCGACAUGAUCUUGGGCAUGUCAUGGAUGCGAAGCGAGGAUCACCCGGUGAACUUCUUCUACCUCACUGUUCACGUUCGUGAUCGGAACGGAGUAUUAGUUCCAUGCACGGUGCCUCUUCCUUAUCCUUCGAUCAGCUGCAACGUGGCAUCCGCCGCAAGCAUGCGAGCUUCCAUCAUCAGAGACGACAUCGAGGAGAUGGGGGUGUGUUUUCUCCACGCCCUCCCGCCACAUGACGCUUCAUCGACGGACUCACCUUCGGAUCCACGCAUCACCGAACUUCUCGACGCCUAUAGCGACGUGUUCGAAGGCCCGCACGGAGUAGUACCGACGAUCAAGAACAUCGGCCCUCUCCCACGCAUCGACGACCUUCUCGAGCGAUUGGGCGGCGCCCAGUUCUUCUCUAAGCUGGAUCUCAAGUCAGGGUACCACCAACUCGAGAUUCGCAAGGAGGAUCGCUACAAGACCGCGUUCAAGACACGGUAUGGGCAUUUCGAAUGGCUGGUCAUGCCAUUUGGCCUUACGAAUGCCCCAGCCACUUUCCAAGUGGCUAUGAAGACGGAGUUCCGACACAUGCUGGAUCGUUUCGUACUUAUCGACCUCGACGACAUUUUGGUUUACAGUCGGAGUCUGGACGAGCAUGUGGAACACYUGCGCACCGUUUUGGAGCGGCUACGACAGGCCAAGUACAAAGCAAACCGCGACAAGUGCGAGUUCGCACAGCAGGAGCUGGAGUACUUGGGACACUAUGUGACGYCGCAAGGCAUCCGUCCGCUUGCGGACAAGAUCGAGGCCCUUCGAGUAUGGCCCGAGCCCACCAACACCACGAACGUUCGUUCAUUCAUGGGGUUGGCGAGCUACUAUCAGCGAUUCAUCACUGGAUACUCCAGGAUUGCUGCACCUAUGAUGAGGUUACAGUCGCCAAAGGUGCCAUUCGUACUCGAUGACGACACACACCGGUCAUUCCAAGCACUUAAGACGGCUAUGCUCAUGGCACCCGUCCUUAGCAUCUAUGACCCCACCCUGCCGACGCGAGUGACUACGGACGCUUCCGGCUAUGGCAUUGGGGCAGUCUUGGAACAGCACGACGGCGACGAUUGGCACCCUGUGGAGUAUUUCAGCCACAAAGUGCCUCCCAUCAACUCGCUUGAUGAUGCAAGGAAGAAGGAGCUGCUCGCAUUCGUGAUGGCUCGCAAGCAUUGGCGGCACUUCCUCCUUGGGCGGUGUAGGUUCACAUGGGUCACAGACAACAAUCCAUUGACCUACUACAAGACGCAGGACAUGGUGAGCAGCACGAUCGGACAAUGGAUGUACUUCAUCGACCAAUUUGACUUCACACCGAAACAUGUCCCCAGCCUCUCCAAUCGCGCAGCAGAUGCACUCUUGCGAAGACCUGAUCUUUGCGCUAUGUCACAUCAUGCCUUCGCAUUCGACGAGGAGCUUCAGCGACACUUCAUCCGGGCAUAUCAGUCUGAUCCGGACUUCGACACGCUCUAUGGACAGCUAUCUUCGGAUCACCCGCCGGCCAGCCAUUACCGCAUUGCCGACGGGUACUUGCUCCUCGCACUCGAGAGGCAAGGACUUACUAUGAUGUUUCACGCAAACUGCUUCCCCAAGUGGUUUGGACCUUCGUCUGUGACAGCAGCCGUGGGCGAUGAGCCCAAUGGCCCUUCAUUUGUGAUCAACAUUCCAGAGCAUCUGACGGUCCAUCUGGUCUUCUACGCCUCGAAGCUGGCAAGAUACACGCCAGCCAAGAGCGACGACUUUCCGGACCGACGAUCGCAGGACCCUCCUUCUAUGGAUGGCCAUCAGGAAGUUGACCGCGUCAUCUCCGAUCGCAAGUACGACAGCAAGUCGCGGCAGUAUAAAGUCACAUUCACAGCAUGCGAUCGCGACGACACUCGGUGGAUAUCAGGCGCAGAUUUGAAAGCAUCCGCACCGCUGAUCUACGCGCAUUAUGAAAAGCGCAGGUUAGCUCAGGAAGCUUCACGACCAGCCCCUCCCACCCGGACUGUGGUCCCUCCCUCAGACAGACAGCUUCGCCCUUGCAGAGCUGAUCGUGACGAAGGUCGUGAAGUUGUCGAUGACGUUCAUGAUGAGAAGUCUGGAAUGUCGUCGAGGAAGAGCCUCAACGUCGACAAUCUGAAGUGGCAAAACUGGAGUGGAUGGAAUACUGAGAAGUCAAAGACGUGGGAAGAUAAGUCGGAGUCAAUCGUCGAAGUCCGUGGGAACAUGAGGGUGAUAGUUGAGGUCGCAAUAGUAAGGCGACAUCCCCGUGGCGGGCGAGACGGCGUGGUUCUAGGCUAUCUCCGCGUGGGCAAUAUGGAGAUCCCACUGCUGGUCGUCACGAACAAUCUUUCGGAGAAUAUCUCCGAGAGUCCAGUUCGUGACCUCGGUCUGACCAUCAGUCUGGGGAUGGUAAGACGAGGAGAAGCGGAGCUGGGUGUCGUACACCUCGUGGAGUCGUCGCUAGAAUCAGCUGGUAAAGCGCGGGUCACGGUCAGAUAUGAUGCUCAGAGGCACCAGCUGGAUGGAGUGUUUGACGUCGUGCAUCGGUGGGAGGCCGACAUACGAGAACGACGAUGGCAAAACGUCGUGGUAGUCUCGAAUGAGGUCACGAACUGCGGUCUCCAGGUCAGACGUAUAGCGCGCGAGUUCCUCAGCGUCAGCGUCAGCGAGCGACGACGGGGUGGACUCGACGGACGGCGGAGGGAGGGAAGUAGAGAUGGGAGCCAUGAAGAUAGAAGGAGGAUCUGGCUCCAGAUAGAUGAGCUCGGCGUCUGGAUAGGGUGGAUCAUAGUGCAAGAGAUCUGUCACGUUCACUGUAAAGAAGGUGACGUCGUCCUGUUGGAUGAAGUGAGCGAAUUGCCGAGGCGAGGUGACAAUGAUAGCAGGAGAUGGUGUGGGCACGGAAGGCUCCGGGGGAGGAGGGUUGCGGCGUGGUGUCGCAGUGGUACCUAUGAAAGGUACGCGAUACGUUUGUCCACACUUCGUUUUGAGAACGAGCGUGUUGGUCGCCCAAUCGGCCUCCGUGCUGCGGAACCGACGAGACCACAGAGUACCGAGAAUGAAGUCGUACCCCGUCUCCAUCACAUCGAAAUGUGCAGAGGAGCGGUGGCGACGAGACGUCGGGGGACGAUCAGUCGGCUCGAGAGUGAGGAAGAAGGGAGGUCGGUGAUCGUCUGAUCGAAGAAGUGCUGGGUCUUGUCAUGCCCUAGGGUGACAGAGAUGGGAGUCGGAGACCCUGCCAUGGGUAAGUAGGCUUCCUUCACCACACGUGGGUGAAUGAAAUCGCCCUGAGAGC